AUGUGUCAACUUUUCCCACGAUUAACCCAUUUAGCAACAGACUAUCAUUCACGACGAAAUCUUCGUUAUUUAUUAAAUAAACUUGUUCAUCUUGAGCAGCUUACUUUACGUUUAUCUCAAGAUCAAUAUGCUCCAAGUCAGUCUUGGGUCACACAAUAUACUCGAUUGCAAAGAAAUUCCUUUGAAUUAAGAGUAUUCAACUUUGCUAACGAAGAAAGAUGGCUAGUCUUGUGGAUCAGUACCAAUAAUAAUAUGGAAGAAAAACGUCAUUCAUUAAAAAAAUGCUCCAUACGAUAGCUGAUUUCAAAUUACUUUCUUUACGCAAUUAAUAUUUUCAUAUCAGUUUUCAACAGGAAAAUCGCAAAUUACUUCUUUAAAUUUUUAUAAUAAUAAAAAAAACCAAUGUGAUGUGUUCAUUUUUAAAAUUUAAAAUAAAAAUAAUCCAGAUGUAGUAGUUUCUAGUUAACUAAAAAUCAAUUUAACGAAAGUCAAAUUUUACAGGCACGAAGAACAACUUCAUUCAUCGGUAAAAAAAAUAGAAACACUGCAUGAGAACUGCAUUGAGUAUGCUAACCAAUACUUAGAUUUUACUUUAAUAUUGAAUAUUGUAGAAAAAAAAUUAAUAAAAUAAGUACCUCCAGUUUUCAAUCGAGAGUGUGGGUGUACGUUUUCUGUUGAUCAAGGCAGCGAUACCCACACCCAUAUUUACACUCACACUAGGCCAGCCACACCCACACAUCCUUGUACAAAAAUAAAAAUAAAAAUAUAAUAGAGAAUACAAUAAAUUAUGAAUAUAAUUGGAGAUGAAUAAUAAAUAAGAAAAUGUUUAUUUUUUCUUGAUAAUAAUCGAUCAUGAAAAAUAAAAAUAUGUUAUUCAAUUGUAGACCAGGCAAAUAAUAUUAAUUGUAAACUCCCAUGAAAAAAAAAUUUGUAAAAAUUUGCGUUUAAACGCGUUUUUUCUAGUUCGCAUGUUUUCGCUAGACUUUUAACGCAGUUUUAAAAACGCAUUGAAACGCAUCAUUUAGUGAUAGAAACGCAUAUGUAUUGACUAAAACGCGUUUCUAAAAAUGCAUUUGAAUGCGUUUAAAUGGCAUAUUAUUGUUACAAAAGAACGUAUAUGAGCGAUCCCCUCUGAAUCAUUUUGAAAGUAUCCUAUUUACAGAUAAUUUUCUAGUAAUGAUGGAUAUAUUUAUGUAAUCUUGAGGGUGUGGGUGUGGACGAAAAGAUGGCCGACACCCA